AUGCCUCGCGCCAAGAAACCCAGCGGCAACAAGCUUGUCGUUUCAGAGGUCCCAACGGGCCGUACUGAUAAUGCCGUUAUCAUCACACUCUCCAAAGAAGAACUUCAAAAAUACAUCAACCGCGAAAAAACCCACUUCUUCCGCGUUAAUCCAUGGAACCAGAACGUCACUAAAGUCUGGCUCUACAUCAAGGAUCCUGUCAAAUGUAUCACUCAUGUCGCAAUGGUCGGCCCUCUCAAGGCAAAGGGCGAACUCGGACCAUUGGGCAGAUCCAAUGUCGCCUUCAAUUCUGGUAUUCUCAACAAUGGACGCCACAAGCUUAAGGCCGCAUACGAAAUCACGAGCAUUCUCAAACUCUCCAGAGACAUGGAGUUCAUGCACAUAAUCGAAAAUCGAUAUUCCAAACCCACUGCCAACGGGAAUGUCUAUGCUGACAAGCUGAUGUCCAAUGAGCUAGAAGAGGUUCCUCUUCACAGGAUUUUCUAA